AAACCAGUAAGAGUGAGGCAAUACUGCAAGUGGUCAACUCAACAGGACUUGGUUCUCUCCGUAAAUGCCAAAGUGAGAACUCUCAACCAUUACUGUCUCUCUGUGAUUCCAACAUGGUGCCCUGCACCAAAGAGGUCUUGUCCCAGAUUGUGACCAUGUAUAGGUCAGAGGUGGCAGAUUUGGAAUGCACAUCAUCUGUUGCAGAGGGUUCCUCUUACAACUCCCUUGAAGUCUGUGGCUUUUUGGACAGUGUUAUGUCUUAUCUAGAAGACAUGCCUGUGUCUGGUUCUUCAUGGUUGGAAGGAUUAAGAGAUACUCCAGCCUCAGUCAUUGAGAAACUCUCCAGUGAGGAGUUCCAGAUGAACGCUACCAACGAAGUGCGAAAAAUACUGCUCAAAUCAGUCAGUAGCUUUCCCAACAAAGUCAGUUCCAGCCAGACAGAUUCUCAGAUGUUGCCAGCAAAAUCAACAAUUUCCUUAAGGCAUACAGAUAUAACUGCUUUUGAAAUCGUUGGAUCAAUUAGAAAUGACAUAAAGAGCCUUUUCCCACCCACAGAGUAUUCUACUACUCUAUGGCAGGCAGACUCUAUGCUUCAACAGAGUGAUGAGAAAACCUCAGAGUACACUGAGGCCACACCCAAAGGCUCACAGUCUGGUUUGGAAGUAUCUGAGAAGAAGAUCUGGACAACUGCAAAGACUAUUUACCACAAUGUGAAGACAAAGAUGAGGAAUUAUUUUACAUGGCAAAAUCAAGUCAAAGCAACAACGGCUCAAGCCAAAAAGAGCCUCAGCCAUAUUCUGGUUUCAAUUCAGAAAGAGCUGUCAAAAUCUGACCAAACGGUGACUGCGCUUUCACAAAUAGAGAAUGUGGUUGGAAUGAUGCUGAAGGAUGUUGAAAGGGUAAGCAGUGAAUGUGGUGAGGAACAGAUCUAUCAAGCGCCACAGCGUUCUUCCUCCUCGUUGUCAUCCUCAUCUGCCAGAUCAAAGAAGUCAGAGUGGGAAUUUUCACUCCCUGGCACUCCCAUCUCUUCUGAUUUACCAGAGAGUAUUACUCAGCCCAUUGUGAGAUGCUCAGUCAUCGACAUGGGCAAAUCUACUAAGCCAAAAACAUUGGUGUGUGAUGCCAGGGAAAGCAUGUCUGCAAUAGUGGAUACCAUCAUAAAGGAGGUACAUCCAGAGGAAGAAGGGGAGGUUGCAUUCCACCCUGAUCUAACAGCUGUAAUAGCAAGACUGGAGGAGCUCAUAUCUCAGGGUAGGAUUGGUGCUCUCUCACGUGAUCUUACUCACCAAGUCAACCGCAUCAUUUCUGAGAGCAACUUGACCCCUCUGGUUCUGACAGUGGCGGCUGGAAAGAGUGCAUCCGAUACAGUCCUUACUGAGCUGAAGAGGAAUGACAAGACGGUGGGGAAGCCCACAGCUUACAAGCUGGUUCAGCUUUUUGCAGAGGAGUCUGUGAAGCGCCUCUUGCUUCCUAGCCUUGUGCCCUCUACAGCUUCAAUGAGUUUGGCUCAGGGAGUUAGUGUGCCGGCUAGCGUAUCUGAAGAUAGGAUUUCAUGUUCUUUUUCUACAUCAGCAUUUAGUGACACAGUCAGCCUGUUUACCAAAGUAAUGGUAAGCCAGGUCAUGGACUCUGUGGUUUCUGAUGCACAAAGCAGAGGGUCAUCUCCAACCGGAACUGUAACUGAUAUAGGCAGUCUACUGAGUGGUAAGUCCUACCCUCUGCCAUCUUUCUCCGCCAUCAGCAUGACAACAAGUGGGACCUCCAAUGCUGCGGCCAACAUAGAUGCUGAGGAAAGGGAUACCAUCAGUUGUUUCGGUGUACCUCAGAGCAUUGUUUGUGAUCAGAAUUCAACCAGCCCGGAUGUUGCCUCGCUUUCAACCCCAUCCACUGACAACUUAGUCGGUGAUGAUGACUUCACCGGCCUCAUCAGCAUGUUAGUGGUGAGACUUCUGUCAAAAAUCCAAACCCAAACGGAUCUGUACCCAACUGACGUCACACGCACGUCACAAGACCUGAUUCCAAAAGUUAUAGCUGCCUUCUGUGCAUGGUCAGGCUGCUCUGAGACCCAAGCUUAUCCCAAGAACCUGAAGAGUCACAAAGUAUACAGCACCGUCUACAAACAUCUGUUGAAGGAGUUUGGCUCAGAGAAAAUACUCCAACUGGCCGUGUCGACUCAGGACUCCACAUUCAAUAGGAUUCUUGUGAAGUCAUUGAGCAAGGAGCUUCUCCACAGUUGUAACGAGGCAUCAAGAGCAGCCUCAAGAACAUCUUUCGAAGCCACCAGGCCAGAAGCUCUUCUCAUGGCUGAAGAUGUGAAGGCUACCAGAGGGAAGCUGUCUUUCCUACAAAGGCUUGCCAGACUGAAAUUCGACUUAAAGCCAUUCAUGAUGGGAAACAAGAAGGAUUCCAAGAAGAAUUCCCGCCAUUCUGUAUCUCAAGACCAGACUACUGCUGAAGAUAUCAUGUUGGCACAUCCUGGACUCCCAGAGGGUCUUCCCUCCACCUCUCAACAGGAGAAGCCUCGCAAACGUCCCCUUCUAAUCAGGAUGUUUUCCACCAUCUCCAUAGGCCUAUCCAAGCCAUUCAAACACUUUUACCUUCGACAUCAACAAGCGACGCACGGGCUGGUCCUGCAGACUCCCACGCCCAUGGCCCAGGAGAAGGCUGGGGGCCACCUGCUCACUCACGUCCCAGCCAUCUCCUUUGAGACCAACUCUACUGUGGAGUGCACCUCCAAGAGGACUCUUGAAGAGAGGGACCGGGUGAAGGUUAAACUGGCCAACAUGGCCUUGAUGGGAAGGAUCAAAAAGUCUUGGCUGUGAAAUGCCAAUUAUGUGUGAUUAUCGAAUUUAUAAUUUUCCACUUUUGAAACAAUGGGAAAGACAGGGUUUAUAGCAAAGGUUGCUCAGAUUGGGCUUUUGGAAAAGGAUGGAGGAUGAAAGUGCACUCCUGAUUCAGAGAGAAAGAUCCAGCUUACUUUCAAUAACUCAAUAAAUGUAAGUGUUGGAACCAUACAUAGCUGGUAACUUGAGCUCGGCAGAGUAGUUUUGACCUGUGUCCAGAUGCAGUCAUUUAUGUUGUCUAAAUGCAAUUUGUCUCUUAUAACAAUGUUAUUUUUCUGAAUAAUGUAAUUUAAUUGACUGGUAGGUAGUCACUAACUAUUUGUAGCAUGUGUUCCUCUGUUUAUUGAUAUUUGCAUGGUGUGUAUGUGUUAAGCUGUUAAGUAAUUAAUGUUGAUAUUAUCCAAAGGGUUUUUAACUGAAAUGUUAAAUGUUGGAGUCUCGAUCUCAGACAUUUGCGCUCAUAUUUGUAAAUAGUAUUUAAAAAAUGGCAGAAUCAAACAGUAUUGGAAUAGUGACUUGUAUUUUGCAUCUAGAAGUGUAAGAAUUUUAGAAGAAUGCUAUUUCAUCAGUCAAAUGUUGCACUGUUUGAUAAGACAGGGUAAAGAAAACCUCCAUUUUAAUGAGUUUAGUUGUGAGUUUGACAUUUUACCACAAGAAGUCACUAUAAUACUUACUAUACGUUAUCAAACAGGGUUGUGCUGAAAAUCAAAUGAACCACAGCCAAAUUAAUUAUUUGCAACUAAGAGUAAGAUUAAAAAAGACAUGUAUAACUUAUUUCUUGAUAAAAUACAUUCUAAAAUGUAAAUAUAUGUGAUUUCUGAGUAUGUAGUGCACAUAUCUUUUUAAGGCCCAAAGCAGACGUUUUUAUAUCAAUAUCAAAUCAUUUCUGGGUAACAAUUAAGUACCUUACUGUAAUAGAUUACGAUGAAAAUGGUCAAAAAUGUAUUUUUUGCAAAAAAAACUUUCUCAAGCAAUAAUUUUGCUAGGACUGUCUGGGAGUGGUCAGUGUGGAG